AUGUAUAUCGAUUUGUCGCAGCGUUACCAAUACUUUGUGCGUCGCAAAAGAAAAAUAAGAAAUAUUGCAUAAAAUAGCUAUGGAAAGCACGCAAUCACAUGUAACAAUUACAAAUACUGCAGCAUCUGCAAGUGUUCAAACCACCAUGGCGCCUGUAGUUGCUUCGCACGCAGUAGACGUCCCUGCCACUGUCAGUGUGUCAUCGACAUCUGUCAACACUUGCGCAGCCCCAGCAACACCAACAAUAUCGACUGCAACAACAACAACAACAACGCCUUCGAGUAAAACUCCUAUUCACAAUUUGCCGAUAGAGUUGCUACAAAACGACGCAGCAAAGCGUCGAAGUUCCUCGCGUACAAUCAAACGAAAACGCUUCGACGACGAAAUUGUGGAAUACAAUCUUACAAUACCAACGAGCCGCGGCGGUGCUGAUGCUAACCGCUCCAAUCGACCGCGCACAACAUCGCAAAACCAUCCUGGAAUUGUGACUACGCCAACUUUACUGCAAUCGCCCUCUCCAACAGUUGUUGCUGUUACAGCAGCAGAAACGCCUCAGACUCCGGGUGCAGCAGUGGAAACGCUACCUGGCACCCCGACUUUAGUCACUGCUGCAGCUCCUGUGACGCCUUUAACGCCAGCAGCGCCCACGUUGCCGGUGCCCACAAUUAACACUCCUGUGCAGCAACCGCAGCCGAAGCCAAAGCCUGUUAUGGAGCGUGCUCCAGCCACUGAACGUCGUCCGCGGCCCUCGCGUCCAGCCAGCAACAAAAAGCCACGACGCAAUGGACGCCCGCUGGCACAGAUGGCUACCAAGGAUUUGGGUCGCUGGAAGCCAAUUGAUGACCUGGCGCUUGUUAUUGGCAUACAGCAAACAAAUGAUCUACGCAUGAUUCAUCGCGGUGUCAAGUUCUCCUGUAAAUUUACCCUGCAGGAGCUGCAGCAGCGCUGGUAUGCCCUGCUGUAUGAACCAGCCGUGUCGCGGAUUGCCGUGUCCGCCAUGCGUAAUCUGCAUCCAGAGAUGGUGGAGUCCGUACAGCGCAAGGCGUUAUACAGCGUGCAGGAGGAAGAUCUGCUGGGCACCAUUAAGAGUACGGAGACGCCAAAGCUGGAGCAGUUCCAGGAGUUGCUUGACAAGAACGCCGGCGUUUUCUAUUGUGCACGUACUGCCAAAUCGUUGCAUAAUCACUGGCUGCUGCUCAAGCAGUACUGCCUGCUGCCGGACCAAACGGUCAAGCCGCUGCAGGGUUCGGAUCAGCCACUCAGCUUUUCAGAUGCAGAGGAUCAGCUUUUCGAUCAGGAUCUGCACGAGCCGCGCGAUGAGGCAUUGGAAAUUGAAUUGACGCUGGCCGAUCGCCGCAAUAAGCGCGAUAUACGUCUGCUGGAGAACGAACUGUCACGUUGGGGCGUGCUGGUUGACUCAGUUUUGGGACCCACGGCAGCCAGCGAAUUUGAUAAUCAAACGCUUGCCUGCCUUUGUGGACGCCUGGUGCGUUAUCUAAUGCGCUCCAAGGAGAUAACAUUUGGUCGCGAGGCCAAGGAGUGCGGUGUGGAUGUUGAUCUGUCCUUGGAGGGACCCGCUGCAAAGAUUUCGCGUCGCCAGGGCACGAUUAAAAUGCGCAGCAACGGCGACUUCUUCAUUGCCAAUGAAGGUAAGCGAGCUAUUUUCAUUGAUGGAACUCCGCUGCUGAAUGGAAACAAGACGCGACUCGCCCACAAUUGCACUGUGGAAAUCUCCGGACUGCGCUUUACAUUUCUGGUUAACUAUGAGCUAAUCAAUGCCAUACGACAGGAGAGCGCCAAGACAUCGAAUCAUUUAAAUUAAGCCUAGCCUAGUGUACAUUUUAAAACAACAGCAGCUGUCCCUCUCAAGGUAGGUCGCUGUUAUGUAUUUCUAUUCUUAAUAUCCAAUAAGAAACAAGUUCUGGAAUUAUAUGACAUAAACAAUGGCAUAAACGA